AUGGGCAUUCCGGUGUGCUGUAUUUGCAUCCAUGUGCAUGGGGCCUUGAAGGCAUCUUGGGGGCCAACUUAUGCGCUUACACCUCAGGUGUGGUUAGCGAGGUCCACCUUUGUACAGAAGCGGCAAUGCGCUGCGCCACGACGGCUAUGCGGCGCAGGGGCAUUGAGUCUAGCACGAGUAGUGUGCAUACAGCGUGCGUUGCAGCCAUUUGGUGGACUUGAGUGGUGCAGAGCAGCGAAAAUCAAUGAUUCAAGAGUCGAUGUGCAUUGGUGGGUGUGGCAGCAGGAAAAAGCGUGUGCGGCUGUGACGUGUGCUGGGGAGGGUCGGCGAAUGACUGGCGGUGUCCGAGGCAGCUGCGCCUCGAGUGGGUGUGUCGCUGCACACAUUGGGUCAGCAGAUGGGCGGGGCUCGUAUCAGACGUGCAGGAAACGCCAAGCUGAGGCUCUGCGAUAG